ACCCUGAAGAAUGCGUGCGAACUGUUAGAGCUGUCGUAUAUCUAUAACGCGGAUCAACUGAAGCGAUGUUCGCUGGACUUCAUUUGCAUUAAUUUGCAAACUCUUAUCGAAACCAAAUGUAUUGAUGUCUUAAGCGAUGAGGCGAUGCAUGACUUGACUGAAUGCUAUCAAAAUCUGAUCACUCGACCGCACAACCGACGGAUCUCAAGGUACUCGAGUGCACCGAAUGCUGAAGAUUUGGAACAAAUUUACUCAUUAUUUGAUUCAAACGUUGACUUCAAUGUGAAUAUGGAUGAGAAGAAAGCGAUUCUUAAGCAGAGGUCUCAUGACUUGAAA